CUUCCCUGAAGUUGUGCCUGUGUUGUUUACAAGUGUCUCUUCCCGCCCUGGGACUAAAAGCAGCUGAUUGUCGGGAAGCAGCGGCUCCACAUGGCUCCUGCUGAGGUCUGAGGAUGAUCAAGACCGAGAAGAUCCUUCAUCUGAAGAGCUGCCGGGGCCGGAAGGUCCGGGUGGUACGUGAACACUACCUCAGGGAGCGGGUUCCGUGCUACAGCUCCCGGUGUCAGGCGGACUGUGACAACGGUAACGAUGGAAAGGUGCUUCCAGGAGAUCUGACCCACUAUGUGUUCCCUGACGUCGGCGUGGUGGUGGACUAUCUGGAGAUCCUGGAGUUCAGAGAGCUGCAGGGCCUCGUCUUCACACAGACCGCCUGCCAGGCCGUGCAGCACAGCAAAGGACGCAGGCAGUACAACCGUCUGCGAAACCUGCUCAAAGACCCUCGACAUGACUGCGUGCUGUUUGCCAACGAGUUCCAGGAGUAUUCCUACUGUCCACGAGAGAAGGGGGAGAGCCAGGACAGGUGGCACACCAGGUGUGUGUACUCUGCAGCAGUGUGGUACUAUCACCACCUGGCAGGUCUGAUGGACGUGGUGAUGAUCACAGAGGACCAGCAGGCCGUGGAUCAGUACAGCAGCCUCAACUCUGGAGUAUACGUCAUCUCCGUCCAGGAUUAUUUGCAGAACUUCUGGCCGGAGCUGCAGGCGGCACAUGAUCUGUACGGCUCCAUUUCCCAGGUGCUACAAGAGAAGGAGAGCGAAGGCACAGAGAGGGAGUACACCGAACAUCUGCCCGCUGAGGUGCUGGAGGCCGGAAUCAAGUCUGGCCGCUACAUCCAGGGAACUCUGAACAUCAGUAAGCACCGAGCUCACAGCGAAGCUACGGUCAUGACGGAGGGUUUGUCCACUAAGAACACAGAUCUGAGUUUGGGCGUGUUGGUGUGUGGAGGAAAGAAUCGUAACAGAGCCGUGCACGGUGACGUGGUCGUGGUGGAGCUGUUGCGAAAGAGCGAGUGGAGAGCGAAGGACGAGGCGCUGACGGAGGGUCAGGCGGAGGAGAAGAGCGGAGAGGAGAGCGACAGUAAACCCAUGCCAACAGGCCGUGUUGUGGGGAUCCUGCAGAGGAACUGGAGGGACUAUGUGGUGACGUUUCCUCCCAGGGAGGGGCCUCCGUCCCAGAGCAGGAACUCUCAGCGCAUCCUGGCUGUUCCCUGGGACCAUCGCAUCCCCAAGAUCCGCAUCAGCACGCAGCAGGCUGACGCUCUGCAGGACCACAGGGUGGUGGUUCGCAUUGAUUCAUGGGAAAGCACGUCGCUCUAUCCCAACGGCCACAGCGUGCGGGUGCUGGGUCGGGCCGGAGAGCUCGAGACGGAGGUCCAGACCAUCCUCAUCGAGAACUGCAUCCACGUGCCUCCAUUCUCAGACGCACAGCUGAGAGAGAUGCCCGUCAACUCUCCAGAGAAGCCGUGGACGGUUGAUCCCGUCCAGGUGGCAAAGCGGCGGGACCUCAGAAAGACUCACCUGGUGUUCAGCAUCGACCCAAAGGGCUGCGAGGACGUAGACGACACGCUGUCAGUGCGCAGCCUCGCAGGCGGGAAGCUGCUGGAGCUCGGGGUCCACAUCGCAGACGUCACACACUUCGUCACCGAGGGCUCGCUCACUGACCUGGAGGCUCGAACCAGGGCUACGACGUACUACCUGGCAGACCGCCGGUACGACAUGUUGCCCGCCGUUCUCAGCGCUGACCUCUGCUCUCUGCUGGGAGGAGUCGACAGGUAUGCGAUGAGCGUGAUGUGGGAGCUGGAUGCACAAACCCUGGCCGUCAACAAGGUGUGGUACGGCCGCACGCUGAUCCGCUCCUCCUACCAGCUCCACUACGAGCUGGCCCAGGCGCUCCUCAACGGGGAGCAGGCGGAGGUCCCGGAGCUGAAGGAGCUCAGCUCUGAGGAGAGGGACGCCAAGCUGGCCGAGCUCACUCAGGCUCUGGAGCUGCUGACACAUGUGGCCAGACACCUGCGGGCGCAGAGGGACAGAGGAGGAGCGCUGGAGCUGGAGGGGGUGGAGGUUCGAGCCCAGCUGGACGAGCAGAAGAACAUCACAGCUCUGGUCCCCCGUCAGCCUCUGGAGGUCCAUGAGACCGUGGCCGAGUGCAUGAUUUACGCCAACCACUGGGUGGCGCGCAAGAUCCAGGAGAGCUUCCCUCAUCAGGCCCUGCUGAGGCGCCACCCGCCGCCACGCCAGGAGUUCUUCAGCCAGCUGGUGGACUGCGCCAUGGCCGCGGGGUUCACCAUCGACACCAGGACCAACAAGGCUCUGGCUGACUCUCUGGACCGAGCCGUGGACCCACAGGACCCGCUGGUGAACAGGCUGCUGAGGAUGAUGGCCACCACAGCCAUGUCACAGGCUCAGUACUUCUCCACUGGUCUCCACUCCCAGGACCAGUGCUACCAUUACGGUCUGGCUCUGGAUCGCUACACUCACUUCACCUCACCCAUCCGUCGCUAUGCCGACAUCGUGGUGCACCGCCUUCUAACCGCCGCCAUCGACAUGGACAGAGGGGCGGAGCCUGGGAAAGCUUUAGCCAGUAACAAAGAACUGGAGGAAAUGGCUCUUCACAUCAACAACAAGAACAGGGCAGCCCAGCAGGCCCAGAAGUUGUCCACGGAGCUGUUUCAGUGUCUCUUCUUCAAAGAGAGAGACCCUCAGACGGAUCCGUGCUGUGUGGCCAACGCCGUCAUCUACUCCAUCAGAGACAACGGCGUGCUUGUGUUCGUCCCAGAGUACGGCGUCAAAGGACCGGUGUACCUGAGGAACCGAGAGGGUCAGGUGGUGUCUGUGGGACAGGACGGCAGCUGCGAGUGGCAGAGCGGCUCCGUGCGACGCCACUCAGACCACAUCACCACCACCUCCAUCUGUGGCAGCUCCACCUUCACACUGUUCGACCACAUCACUGUUCGUAUUUCCGUGCGCUCCACACACUGCCACGCAGACAGUCUGAACCUGGAGGUCAUCAGCAACAAGCCCCACCUCAGCACGGAGCUUCAGCAGCCACGCUCACAGGGCCGCUCCCAGCUGGUGCAGGAGGUGGUGCGUCUGGCCGAGGAGGCGUCCCAGCAGGCGCAGGAGAAGGCGGCCCGCCAGCCUAAACUCUCCAGAGAGGAGCGAGAGUUCUGUCAGAGCAGGAGCCCCAACCUGUACUCCCUGCUGGAGGAGGUGAGGGAGCUGGCUCUGCUGGACCUGGAGGUGAUGGCACGGCUCUGUGCAACCACCGCUUAGAGCCGCUGUGACAUCAUCACGGCUCAGCUGGACUCACAGGAGCCUGCUGAGGUUGAAAUGUGGCUGCUGACAAGUCAUCAGGACGGCCACAAGAACGAGACUUUUCUUUCACAUAAAUUCUUCAGCUGUUUGAAACAUGACGCAGAUCGUUUAUUAUCUGAAUACUUUUUAUCAUUUAAAGGAAAAAUACUUGAUGAUGAAAAGUGUCCUGAAGUCAUGUGAUGAUAUUAACUGAGAGCAGACAUAAUCUGAGUCAGUAGAUAUUUACAUCAAGUUGGUCCAAAGAUAAAAACCACAGACUUUGGACAUUGUGUAACAGAGAGGAACUUCAAAUAUAUAAUUUCCUUCUGCUCUCAAUCAAAACAGGAACAAAAGACAAAGCAGUGUCGUCACUGCAGUCAGUUUCUCCUGGUUAGGAUUCCCUCAUGGUUCAGUGUUCAGGAGGUUUCUACCAGGAGCUGAAUUAUCCACAGAGCUCUCCUCCUCUCCAGAACAAACAGACCAGCUGAUUUACACCAGUAACACACUGAAUAAAGACUUUUCAUUUUAAAAAUCAGUGUUUCUCCAACGCAGUUCUGCACAUCAGGGGCUGGAGCCGAGCUGUCACUUAGGCGUGCUCACCUUUUUCUCUGAUAACUAAAGAUCCAGACACUCAGGAGCUUUUUACCAGGAGCUGAAUUAUCCAGAGCUCUCCUCCUCUCCAGAACAAACACACCAGCUGAUUUAAACCAGUAAAACACUGAAGAAUGCAGUUUCAUAUUAAAAGCCAGUAUUUCUCCAACGCAGUCUGGCACAGCAGGGGCGAGGGCCGAGAUGCCACUCAUCUUUUCUCCUCUGACAACUUAAGAUCCAGGUGUUCAGGAGGUUUUUACUGGGAACUGAAUUUUCCACAGAGCUCUCCUCCUCUGCUAAGCUAAUGGGAAAGUGAUUAAAAACACUGAAUAAAGACUUUUCAUUUUAAAAAUCAGUGUUUCUCAGAUGCAGUUCAGCACAUCAGGGGCUGGAGCCGAGCUGCUGCUGACGUUUGCUCAGCUUGUUUGAACUUCAGAUCCAGAUGUCUGAUGUUUAAAAAAAACUUCAUCCAGUUAUAACCUUUAGUUAAAAACAACCAAGAUCUAAAUGUGUUUUUAAAAAUGGAUAAAAGUUAAUGUAUGGGGCACCCAUUAGCUCAGCUGUUAGAGCCAUGUACAAAGGCUGUGUAGGGUUCGACUCUGACCAACAGCCCUUUGCUGCAUGUCAUCCCUCCUCUCUCUCUAUUUUGAAAAACUUAUUCAUAAUAGCGUUCACAGACACCACGGCUCUGAGGCAUGAGCAAAGGGGAUAUGAUGGCGACCAAAUAACAAACUGUGUCCUUGAUUAACACGACAGACUCUCUGGGUUUGUUGGAGACAUUUUGGACAAUGUAAGAACUAAAUAUAUAACACUGGUCUGAUGUUUUUCAGACAUGUUAAAGCAGAGCAGGUCCAUAUUAUUUCUUUAACAGUGACGGCUCAUGUUAGCAGACGUUUCCUGAAAACAGUUUGAACACUGAGACAUUAGACAACGUGAAGCUGCUGAUGUUUAACACUUUAAUAACUACUGAGACGUAUAAGCGUCAUAUAUGCGUCAGAAUUAUGUUUCACAUCAACAGUAAUGAAGCUUCAAAAUGAUCUUCUGAUUCAUUCACAUUUAAACCUGUUGAUAGAUUGACUGAUGAUCUGUGGGUGAUUAUUAUUAUUAUUACACAUAUAACAGCCGUCGUCCCAGUUAUAUAUCAAUACCAUAAAGUUAACACUGCGUAUUAAAGUUUAAGUUGUUAGUUUACAUGAAAUUAUUGCUGCAGUUAAUUAAACAAACAUUUAGAGACUCAGAUGUUUCUCCAGAGAUUUAUUAUUUGUCAUGUGUGAGAUGUUCCUGCAGCUCUCUCUCUCUCUCGCCUCCUCCUGUGAUUAGUUUAAUUUGUUUUACUAAAAUACAUUUUGAUGUUUUGAUGAUGCUCAAAAAAUCUAUUAGUGAACUUUUUAGAGAUGAACCAGUCAGCUGGACAACAGAAACUUUAAUAAAUAAGCUGUUUGAAGGAGAAAUGUGUCGAAGUGUUCACAGAAAUAUAAAAGAUAUCAGAAUAUUAUGAAAAUAGAAUAUAAAUAAUUUGGAAUUUUUUUAAAAUGUUUUCCUGUGAGGUUAACUUAAAGGUUGUAUCAUAGACUUUCUUAAAAAAAAAAAAAUCCUUUGUUUUCCUGCACAAAAACAAAAAACAAAAUUGACUGACUUUAAUUAUCAGCAUCGAUAGAUUUUCACAAUCGAUGCAUCACCAAAUUUUAUAAUUAAUUUUUUUUCAGAGUAACAAACUGUUUCCAGCUCAGAGUAACGAGGUGAUGAAACUGUGAUACAGGUGAACACAAAGUUCUUCAGGUUAAUGAGGACUCAGGUUUAUUGACUGAUGUAAUUAAUGUUUUCCUUGAUGAUGACUGAUGGUUUAUUAUUAAUAUUAUUAGCUUUUGCUUCUGUGUUAGAAUCUAUUUUUGUAACAUGGCUGAUUUUGUUUCUUUGUGGUUUGUAAUUAAAACUGUGGAUGAAAAAUAAACUCUGGUGUCAGUUUA